UAUCUAUAUUGUAUUGAACUGUUUCUAAGCCUAUACUAGAAAAUCUAACUGAACACAAGAUUGAAAAAAAUGUGUGAAUGCUUGAUUUUUAAACUUGGCUCGGGUUAUAUAAACAGACACAACUUAGCCAAAUCCCUCUCCCUUACAAUACAGGCACGUCAAUACUCUUAAAUUCUUAAGACUAUAUUUUGUGCUAUACUGCUAAAAAGCAUUUAUACUUUAUAUAGCUUAUAUUAUAUAAGUACAUACUAUUUACAAUAUUGUAUGCCUACAAUCUACAUUAAUGACACAUUGCUAAAUGUUUAAGAAUUUUAGCACGUAAAAAGUUUUUCGUUGCUGCCUACUGGUACUUUCAACGGAAAAUAUGACUUUAAGUACAUACUCGACAUUUGAAUACUUCCGUUAACCACUCGAAGAAGAAUCUCAAUGAAUGAAACGCAUGUGACAACUAUUUGACCAUUGAAGUUAUAAUAAUAUUAUGUAAAUAUAAAUACGAGUUUUUCAGUAAUGAUGUUGAUAUAAAAUAAAUGAACUAUUUUUGUGACAUUAUUGAUUCUACGUAAAUAAAUUGACGUGUAAUAAUUAUGAAUUGUAGUUUUAAACACCGAAUAAUACGAUGAACACUGUAAAGCCCAGUUAUAAGACAGUCUUCUAGCUGUUAGGGUGUCUAUUAAAAAUGUUCAACACCCGUAGGGAAAUUGUAAUUCAAAGGCACCGCCGUAAAUCUAAUACGAAGAAUUCGAAAAUUAAAUCUUUAUUAAUACCUAAUAGUAAUUAUUUACGUGAAUUUUCGUCGAUCACAAGCUUACAUGGCAUAAUGUAUUUGGGUGAACCACGAAGACCUCUAUUGGAAAGGGUUUUUUGGUUUGGUGUUAUGUCUUUGGUGAUGUCCUUAUGCGGCUUGCAAAUAUAUCAAUUAUACAGCAAUUGGUUGAGUAGUAGAACGAUAUUAACGUUGGAUAACAAUAAGUAUGGCAUAUGGGACCUACCGUUUCCGGCAAUUACAUUCUGUAGUGAUAUUCAGCUUCAACAUAUCGAAAAUAGGACACUUGGAGACGAUGUUUUUAAUAAAGAAACCGAAGACGUAAUAAAUUUAUUGUGCAAUAAGUUUGAACUUUAUAAAAACGUGACAUUAAAAACGAUUGAUUCAAAAAAUUGGGAGCACGUGAUUAAGAUGUUUUAA